CAGCACGGGACUGCAGCGCGAGACUACAGCUUGCCGUCUAAAAGACUAUUUAGGACUGACAGAAGCUCGGCUGGCAGUCUGGGCCACGGAGGAAGACUGAACAUCCAGGGAUGGGUCGAGACUAAUGAUAGAAACCAAGAAACAUUACAAAGUAAGAAAAAUGGUUGCAGAGGAGGUAGUGGUGACCCUCUCAGGAGGUGCACCGUGGGGUUUCCGAUUACAAGGAGGAGCUGAGCACCAGAAUCCCCUCCAAGUGGCAAAGGUGAGGAAGCGCAGUAAGGCCUGUAGGGCUGGGCUCAGAGAGACUGAUGAGCUGGUGUCAAUCAAUGAUGUGUCCUGUGGAACACUAUCUCAUGCCGAGGCUAUGAAUCUGAUUGAUAGUGGCAGAGGAACCCUCCAUCUGCGAAUCAAAAGAUCGGGGGCCCCAGCUGCAUAUCAGUCAGUGGUGCUUCUGGGUCGGGCCCCCUCUCCCCGCAUUGAUAAGGAGUUCCGGGCAGCCUUUAGUGCACUGUCCCCGCCACUUACCUCUAAACCACCCGGUGUCAACCGAGCAUCGCUCAUGUCCCCCACCGGCGGCCUAGAGUGGCUUCGGUCCCCUCCAGACAGUGAAGCUUACUACGGCGAGACAGACAGCGACGCAGAUGUGGCGGCUCAAGAGAGGCAGCGUAGACAGAAACGACGAAGCCCCAGUAGCUCUCCUGCCAAGAGCCCCGGCCAAGCCUCACCCCAAGAGGAGGAGACUUCGGAAAUGAGUGGCUAUGAGAGCGCCCAGGACAUCUGCAUGUACCCUCAAACACAGAGCUGGCCUGUAUCUGAUCUAGAGGGAACGGGGACUCAGCAACAGCACGUAAUGCCUGGGGUGGCACGCAGAGAGGUGGUCUACCAGUCCUCGCAGCCUGAAUGGUCACACCAGGCUGAAAAUUCCUCUGAGAAUUCAGACCAAAGUCCAUCAGGAGCUGCUGAAGUGGACAGUGGUUUCCAGGAGCCUCCCACUAUCCCACCUCCACUUGUUUCUCCAGAGAGGGCAAAAGAGGCUCUCAUGCUUGCUUCUCACAGACAGAUGGUACCCAUGGUCGGUCCUGUGGACAACCCAGUGGAUGAAGAACUCACUGUCACGUACAUGGACAAGGCCAGGCAAGCUAAGCUACACAGAGGUGAGAGUUCACAAGAUAAGCAGGUGAAGGAGGCCCGAUCCAGGUGCCGCACCAUUGCAUCACUCUUGACGGAUGCUCCUAACCCUCACUCUAAAGGUGUGCUUAUGUUCAAAAAGCGACGGCAGCGCGCCAAGAAGUAUACUCUCACAUGCUUUGGCAGUGUAGACGGAGAAAGCAACAGUAACACAGAGGGAGAAACUGAAGACGAAAGCCUGUUUCCUGGGAGUGAAUCUGAGAUCGAUGAGGAUGGUUUUUCUGCUGCACCAGACCCUACCUGGGAUAGCGGUUACCUGGACGUUCUAGACAGGAGAACUUCAGCGUGUAUUGUGCCUGACGGAGAAGCAGAGGUAAGCCCGGGCCUAAACGCCACAUCAGGAAAAGGGGCCCAGCUUUUUGAACAACAGAGAAAAAGGGCAGAAGAACAUAUGUCAAACCUGGUUACACCCACUGCCUUCUCCAUGCCACAGCAUCAGGGAGACUCAACCCUAACGUAUACCCCAGUUACUCCAGUCACACCCCUAUUCUCUCAUAGUACAAGUAUGGUGAACGGGGAACCUUUGGUGGUGAGCAGGACAAGUGUUGUGUUGUCAUCACCAGUCCAGACACCCAUGCCAUCAAUGGCAGGAGCAUUACCAGAGCAAGCAGACUCAUCGGCUGCCAACUCAGUGCACAACAGAACUGCCAGGCCAUUUGCCCCGGGCUGUGUGAGCCAUCGAGCAGCAACUGCUCCAGUAGUCUUCAGGCCAAGCUCUGCAAAAAAGGCUGGAUCAACUGUUGCAACUAUGCCAACUCCCUUGUCCCCUGCUGGCUCAGAAGGGAAGAAAGCCAUCUCUACGACAUCACUGUAUAUCCCUGCCAGACCGGCCACCUACAAUGGCCCUUCCUCUGUGCUCUCUCCAUCCUCAAUCAUUUCAAAUCCAUUUUCUCCUCCCCCUUCAAACGCUCCACUCUACUCCCCAACUUAUUCCAGCACCUCUGCCCCCUUUUCUCCAACAUCUUCUCAUGUAACAUCUUUGAGAUCACCUUCUGGUAUAUCUCAGCCUUACUCUCCACCUCAAACACAAGCAAUGCAUCUCAGUCCUCCGUACCACAAGGUUUCUGCUCAAUAUCAGCCACCUCCACCGGGUCACAUGCCAGCACAGCCUUUCUCUCCCCCCACAAAUGUCCCAGGUAUUCCCAAUGUCCCUGCCCCAGCCCCUUCCCAUGCCUAUGCUCCUGAAGCAUCAAAUGUGCAAUCUUCCCCAGCCCACAAAGUCUCCUUUAACCCAUACAUCUCUGUGGCAUCAUCUACACCAGAAACACCAAAUGCACCAGUUGCCCAGCAAUAUCCUCUCUUCUCCAACUCCACAGAUGGGAUGACUUCUCGAGAGCAGCGGGUCUCAGUCCCCGUUGGUCGCACUGGCAUCCUGCAGGAGGCUUGUCGUCGUGGCAACAAGAAACCAAUGUUCAAUGCUCAAGAGGAGAAGAAGGCUCCAUCUUAUAACCCUGAACUACUGUCUCUAGUGCAGAACUUGGAUGACAGGUCCCGUUCGGGUGUAGAGGCUGGAUUUGAGUCUGGCCCUGAGGAGGAUUUCCUCAAUCUGGGUGCAGAGGCUUGUAACUUCAUGCAGGCACAGAAAUACAAGCCACCACCAGUGGCUCCUAAACCUGCUCCUUCAGCUCCUGAGAUGCCACAGAUGCAAGGUAAAGGUGCAGAGCUGUUUGCACGCAGGCAAAGUCGCAUGGACCGAUAUGUGGUGGAUAAACAGCCCAAAUCUCCAGCACAGCCUCGUGAUCCGUCACCCUCACCCUCCCUCCCAGGUCACUGGAAAUACUCUCCAAACAUCCGAGCCCCGCCACCCAUUAAUUAUAAUCCACUGCUGUCACCUUCUUGCCCUCCAGUUGCCCAGCGUGGUACAAAGGCUAAUGAUGCUACUAAAGUUGGAGUUAAAACAGUGCCUGGCCAUCACAAACAGGGUAUAAAGGCUCUAGACUUUGUGAGCAGGCAGCCAUACCAGCUCAACUCCUCUUUGUUCAGUUAUGGAGGUGGAGACCUUCAAAACACUGCCAUUCAUCAGCAGCAGCAGAAUGGUGUUGGAAUCACAGGUAAUUCCCUUAACCCACCAAAGCAGGUCCCUGUUAAAGCAAGCCGUGUGUAUGAAAUCAAACGUUUCUCCACGCCUACUCCCAUGUCUGCACCAACAUCCCUGACCCCUACUGUAAUCGCCCCUCGCUCUGCCACAACUCUCGGUGAGCCAAUGUGGCGCAGUGAUGUCACUUCCCCACCUCCAAUUGCUCCACGACCUGCGGCACCAUUCUCGCCACCUCCUCCUGCCCCUACAGCAGCCCUGCCUGCUCUCCCCAAAAUAUCUACUGCCCCUGUGCCCAAUUCACUGCCCAUCCCACAACCCACUUCUGGUCAAGCCUACACCCAAUUCCAGGCAGCCAAGCAGUUUAAGAGUGCCCCUGACCUGAGUCCCUUGUCUGCCGGUGUGCGAUCCUCAGGGUCCGGGAGUAGCCAGAACCUGCGGGUACCCAGACCCCGCUUCAGUACAUCGAGCAUGGGUCUGCAACCAAACGUGUGGAGGCCUGGCUCAAUACUUUACUGAGAAUCCACUGUGACACUAAUUAUCACCCUGGGCAAGAGCGAGCUCUGUUCUGCUAAAUGAAUCGUUCGACAUCAGUUAUAUAACAAAAAAAAAGUCAGUCAGAGAUGUUUUUUUUUUUUUUUUGCAUGUUCACAAUUGUAGUAUUUCAGUCACUCCAGACAAGUACACAAUUAUUUUUAAAAUAGUGUUUGCAGCAACUUGUCUGUUUGUCUACAUCUCUAUAUGUACUGUAUUAUUCAGUUUUUUAGAAUGUUGAGAUAUUUAUGUACUGUGCACACUUUGAUUCAUUCAAUUAUUUUACACCAAAUGAACAUGUUUAACAAAUAGAAAGAAUUACACAGACACUAUUUGUGAGAGCAACUAAAUAAAAUAAUGGCAUUAAUAUCUAAUAUUGAUAAGUUUUGAUGUUAUGUACAAGGGGCCACAAGGAUGGAAUGAUGAAGGGUAAUUAAACUAUAUUUGACAGAAUCCUAUUGUAACAGAAGCGAAUGGACCGCAGAGUCAUUGACGAUUUGUGUACAAGUGUUAUAGAAUGUUCUAAGACAUGUUUUUUUCUCGAGUUGAAUCGGAGUCUUAGUGAAAGAAAUAAGCAAAGAAUGUGAGUGGCGGAGAUGAAAACGAUGAAAAAUCCUCAAGUGGAGAGAUGGUACAAAUCACCCCAUUGCACUUGCUCUUGAAUUGGUAUCUCAUCUGGCCUCUGCCAUGCCCUUUACUUCUGAUGUUAUCCAUCCUUUAUCAUAUCUUGAGGUUGGACUGCAGGCCUGUGUUUGUGUGGACUCUAUUGCACAAAGCCUUUGCUUCUUGUUUGAUGAGGAUCAGUAUGAAUGCUUGUUGAUGCAUGUGCUCAUUUCCUCAUAAUGCUGCAUAUCAUAGGCCAUGAUUUGGACUGUGCAUUUUCAAAAGCAUGUGAACUUUCCAACGGGGAAUUGUGCUGGGGCUUUUUCAUAUGACAGCUGAAAAAAGUACACUAUGACAAAUUCUGCAAACGCUGAUUUAUCUUUAAAACAUAUAAUGUGAAUGUGACAUUGACCACUUCGCCUGCUGCUUGCUCUUAUGCUUUUUCCGAACAGGUAUGACAUCCAUUUCAAUCACUUGUGUGAGCUGUUUAACAGCAUUUGUGAAAUUGCACAUGUCUUGAACUUUGCUUGCUUUGCUUUUUUUUUUUUUCUUUAUCAGAAAAGACCCAAUGGCCUUGAUGUAAUGGAACAGCAUGGAAUGGUGGGUACCAUUUCUCUACUAAGGUUAGGAGGGUUGACUGAUGUAAAGCUAUUGCCUUUGGUCAUUUAAGUAUAAAGGUAAUGACACAAUGGCAAAUGGGAGGUAUGAAGCAAGAUAUAAAAAUUGAAAGCUAUAAUAGAGAGGAAACUGCCUUUUUGAUGUUCUGUUGUUAUAGGCUACACUCAAAUAUUGAUUUUCUUGUACUAAUAAGACUGUCAUAAUGUAUGUCAUGCUUCUACACAACAUUUUUAAAGCUUUAAUUUAGUAAAUAUAUUAUUUUGUUUUAAAUAUUAUGAAAACGUAAUUAUAUAAAAACAGUUACACUUGCUUUGAGUAAUUUGAAGUUUAUAGUGGAGUUAGGCCUAUGUGCAAUGCAAAUGUUAAAUGAGAGAAAAUGGAAAGUUUAAUGGACUUAUGGAUUCUUGGGCUCUAGGACUGGGAAUACACGAACGACUUUGUACGGUCUGAGUUAAUAUAAAGCAAGGAAAAUAAAUGUAGAAAUAUAA